CCCCUUUGUCCAUUGAAGAUCAACCAAGUUGAUCCAUACACCUUCUUCUUCUUCUUCAUUCAUAUCUUUCAAAAUCAAAUACAUUUUCUGUUGGCAAUGGAGAUCCAGUUCCAGCAACAAAAGCAUGAGAAAUCAAGUAUCACUGUUAGCAAAGGGAGCAAAUUCAAGGGAAGAAACAAAAGCAGCCUUAAGGUUAACAAGUUUGUUGGUGUAAGACAAAGGCCUUCUGGUAAAUGGGUAGCUGAGAUCAAAGACACAACCAAGAAGAUCAGGAUGUGGCUUGGCACCUUUGACACUGCCGAAGAAGCUGCUAGAGCUUACGACGAAGCCGCUUGCCUUCUCCGCGGUUCCGAUACUCGUACCAACUUCGUCACUCAUGUGUCCUUCCAUUCUCCUCUCGCGUCUCGGAUUCGGAAUCUACUUGACAGCAAGAAGGGAGGUCAGGAACAACAAAGUGUUCUAGUCUCACCCCCCACAACAGCAAGCCCCAGCCCCAGCAUUAGUAGUUUUAAUAGUGGUGGAGGCUUAAGCAAUGAGAAUUCUUCUACUAUUGAAAUCGUUCGAGAUAUGCAGUUGUUCGACGAUGCGUAUAAACCCGACAUGAGCAACUGCACAAGGGAAUUUGAGUCCACAUCUUCCGAAUCGGACUUUUCUUAUACAUGUGAAACAGGGUUCGAUAGGUUUCUUUACACACAAGAAAUCAUGAAUUUACCUAAGAAUGUUGUUUUGCCCGAGGAAACUGGCUCCAAUUUGACGGAGUUCGAGAGGAUGAAAGUCGAAAGACAAAUCUCGGCUUCACUUUACGCUAUGAAUGGACUGCAAGAGUGUAUCGAAACCGUCCAUGAUUCAGCCGAAGCAUUGUGGGAUCUUCCACCGUUGUGCUCUUUGUUUUCCUAAGUUCUAAAACAUGAUCUCCAUUUGGUAUUUGCUUCCGUUUCUCAUUGUAAUAUCAAGAGAGUAGAUGAAUUAGGGUCAAUUGCAUGUUAUUGCAGGUCACAGGGACAAAAAUAACAGGCAGAGAGUAGAAGUGAUCUCCAUUUCGUAAAAUGUCAACUGUUCGGUCUCAUUCAUCUCUGAAUACAAAAUG